AGAUUUUGGAGUGGGCUGGAGCCAUUUGAUUGCAGUUUACAGGCUCUUGGAAGAGUGAAUGAAAUGUAACGUGUGAUCAGAGCGGCUAGUAAGUGGUGCCUGCAACUCCUCACCGACACGGGCUGCGCUCUUCCCUGGUGCCCUCACUGCUGCUGAGUGUCUGCUACAUUAUGAGAGGCACUGAGUAGGGAGCACAACGGGUCACUGAGUUACCGGGCGUCCUGCAAACUCCGUACCUGGCUGGCAUAGCUUUGCAAAUUACCGGACACUGCUCUGAGCCACCACUAGAGGGCAGCACGUGUGAAGAGAAGCCGGCGGCUGGAGAUCAGCUUACAGCCCAGUCUCAUGCUGCCUAUUUCCUUCGUCUGCUCCUUUCAAUCACAUUGAUUUUUAUCUCUUACCUGCGGAGGUUUGGGAGACAAGCCAGGGAACAAUAUCCAAAAUCUAACUUCCGAGUUUCCACUUGCUGCAUGUAUCUGGGAAGUUGGGGAUUUUACUACGUUUUUACUCCGUCUCCAAAGAACCCUGGGAUAAAAGUUGUGUUGCAGCAAUAUCCGCUAAUAUUCCUGUAGAUGUAAGGAUGAGACUGGCAACACUACAUGAUCAGCGUGGAGUGUGCUGAAACCAGACAGUAUAAUAUCCUUUGCUGCACAAGAAGCGGAGACACUUCCAGCAGAACCCCAGCAAGCAUGCUUCCAGAAUUCAGGGGAGGCUAUGUUCCUCUGGUCCUGUUCCUAGGUAUUUGGAGUUUUAUCACUUUUACACUUGUUGAUAGUUGUCCAAGCAAGUGUACCUGCUCCGGUCUCAAUGUGGAUUGUCAUGGGCUUGGUCUAAAGACUGUACCAAAGGGGAUCCCCAGGAAUGCAGAGAGACUGGACUUGGAUAAAAAUAAUAUAACAAGGAUUACAAAGACGGAUUUUGUUGGCAUGAAAAAUCUUCGUGUGCUGCACUUGGAAGACAACCAAAUCAGUAUCAUAGAGCGAGGCGCAUUUCAAGACCUAAAGCAGUUAGAGCGAAUGCGCCUGAACAAGAAUAAAUUGCAAGUCCUCCCAGAACUGCUAUUCCAGAAUACUGUCAAACUGACCAGACUGGACUUGAGUGAAAAUCAAAUACAAGGUCUCCCCAGAAAAGCCUUCAGAGGAAUAACUGAUGUCAAGAAUUUGCAAUUGGACAACAACCAGAUAAGCUGCAUUGAAGAUGGAGUCUUUCGAGCGCUCCGUGACUUGGAAAUUCUUACACUCAACAAUAACAACAUUACACGGAUACCACUUACUAGUUUCAACCACAUGCCCAAGAUUCGUACAUUACGACUUCACUCCAACUACUUGUACUGCGACUGCCACCUCACUUGGUUGUCGGACUGGCUGCGUCAGAGACGGACUAUUGGCCAGUUCACUUUUUGCAUGUCACCAGUGCAGCUGAGGGGCUUCAAUGUAGCAGAUGUGCAGAAAAAGGACUUUGUUUGCCCUGGAACCCAAAAUGAGCCUCCAUCCUGCAAUGCCAAUGCAGUGAGCUGCCCAUCUGCCUGUGCCUGCAGCAACAAUGUGGUGGACUGUCGAGGGAAAGGACUUACGGAAAUUCCAGCCAACCUACCAGAAGGCAUUAUUGAAAUACGCCUGGAACAGAAUUCAAUCAAGAGUAUUCCAGCAGGAGCUUUUACUCAGUACAAGAAACUCAAGAGAAUAGAUACCAGCAAGAACCAAAUAUCUGAGAUAGCACCAGAUGCAUUCAGUGGAUUAAAAUCUCUCACCUCACUAGUGCUGUAUGGAAAUAAGAUCACCGAAAUACCCAAAGGACUCUUUGAUGGCCUUGUUUCUCUUCAGUUGUUACUUCUGAAUGCCAACAAAAUCAACUGCCUACGGGUGAAUACAUUCCAGGAUCUUCACAGUUUAAAUUUGCUCUCGCUUUAUGACAACAAACUCCAGACCAUCAGCAAGGGUCUAUUUGCACCUCUGAAAUCGAUUCAAACUCUACAUUUAGCACAGAACCCAUUUGUUUGUGACUGCCAUUUGAAGUGGCUUGCCGAUUACCUGCAAGAUAAUCCAAUAGAAACCAGUGGCGCCCGAUGCACCAGCCCACGUCGCCUUGCCAACAAACGAAUCAGCCAGAUCAAGAGCAAGAAGUUCCGUUGUACAGGCUCUGAAGAUUACAGAAGCAAGUUCAGUGGAGAUUGUUUUAUGGACCUUGUUUGUCCGGAAAAAUGCCGUUGCGAAGGAACAAUUGUUGACUGCUCGAAUCAAAAACUCAUUCGCGUACCCAGCUAUCUACCAGAAUAUACAACAGAUCUGCGUUUGAAUGACAAUGAAAUUUCAGUACUGGAAGCUACAGGAAUAUUUAAGAAGUUGCCAAACCUGCGGAAAAUAAAUUUGAGCAAUAACAAGAUCAAAGAUGUACGUGAAGGUGCAUUUGACGGCGCUGCUGGGGUACAAGAGCUGGUGCUGACAGGGAAUCUGCUGGAAUCUGUACAGGGACGGAUUUUUAGAGGCCUAGUAGGUCUGAAGACACUAAUGCUCCGGAGUAACUUAAUGACCUGCAUCAAUAACGACACAUUCACUGGUCUGAGUUCUGUGAGACUCCUUUCUCUUUAUGAUAACCGAAUUACAACUAUUACACCAGGAGCAUUUAACACCUUGGUUUCUUUGUCCACAAUCAACCUGCUGUCGAAUCCUUUUAAUUGUAACUGUCACCUUGCAUGGCUUGGAAAAUGGCUUAGAAAAAAGAGGGUUGUGAGCGGAAAUCCACGUUGUCAGAAACCUUAUUUCUUAAAGGAAAUUCCAAUUCAAGAUGUGGCUAUCCAGGAUUUUACAUGUGAUGGCAACGAGGAAAACAGCUGCCUUCCGACAGUACGCUGCCCGGAACAAUGCAUCUGUGUGGACUCUGUGGUUCGCUGUGGCAACAAAGGACUGAAACUGCUCCCUAAAAAUGUACCAAAAGAUGUGACUGAACUAUAUUUGGAAGGCAACCAUUUAACAUCAGUGCCAAAAGAAAUCUCUGGUUUCAAGCACCUCACAUUAAUUGAUUUAAGCAAUAACAGCAUCAGUGUUCUAUCCAACUACACCUUCAGCAACGUGACGCAGUUAUCCACAUUGAUUUUGAGCUACAACCGUCUGAGAUGCAUCCCGGUUCAUGCAUUUAAUGGCUUGAAGUCUUUGAGAGUGCUCACUCUUCAUGGAAAUGAUAUAUCAACUGUUCCAGAAGGUUCAUUUAAUGAUCUGGCGGCAUUAUCACAUCUUGCUCUCGGGACCAACCCACUGUACUGUGACUGCAACUUGCGUUGGUUAUCUGAAUGGGUUAAAGCAGGAUAUAAAGAACCCGGUAUAGCGCGGUGUAGCGGGCCGGAGGACAUGACUGAUCGUCUCUUGCUGACUACUCCAACACAGAGAUUCCAAUGCAAAGGUCCAGUGGACAUCAGCAUUGUGGCAAAGUGCAAGCCAUGUUUUUCUAACCCCUGCAAAAACAAUGGGACAUGCACCAGUGACCCUCUGGAAUCCUAUCGUUGUACCUGUCCCUAUGGAUUUAAGGGCCGAGACUGUGACAUCCCCAUCAAUGGUUGCAUUCAGAAUCCAUGCCACAACAGAGGGACCUGCCACACCAGUGAUGCCAAUAAAGAUGGAUUCAGCUGUUCUUGCCCACUGGGAUUUGAAGGGGAGAUGUGUGAGAUAAAUCCAGAUGACUGUGAAGAUAAUGACUGUGAAAACAAUGCUACUUGUAUAGAUGGAAUCAACAAUUAUGUGUGCCUCUGUCCACCUAACUACACAGGGGAAUUGUGUGAUGAAGUUAUCGACCAGUGUGCUGCUGAGCCGAACUUGUGUCAGCAUGAUUCCAAAUGUAUCUCCACCGACAAUGGAUUCACGUGUGAGUGUUCACCUGGAUUUGUGGGGCAAUACUGUGAGAGCAAUGAGGAUGACUGUGUCAACAAUAAGUGCCAACACGGGGCUCAGUGUGUGGAUGACAUUGGUGGAUAUAUCUGUGUGUGUCCACAAGGCUUCAGUGGCCUGUUCUGCGAAAUUUCCCCUCCUAUGGUUCUGCUCCAGACUAGUCCCUGUGACAACUAUGAAUGCCAGAAUGGAGCACAGUGCAUUGUGGUACAGCAGGAGCCAAUCUGCCGCUGUUUAGCUGGGUUUGCCGGUCAAAGAUGUGAAAAACUCAUCACUGUCAACUUUGUUGGCAAGGAUUCCUAUGUUGAACUGACUGGGUCCAAAAUUCGUCCACAGGCAAACAUAUCUCUACAAGUUGCCACAGAUAAAGACAAUGGCAUUUUGCUCUACAAAGGAGACAAUGAUCCCUUAGCACUGGAACUCUAUCAAGGGCAUGUGCGUUUAAUCUAUGACACCUUUGGCUCGCCUCCGACUACUGUCUAUAGUGUGGAAACUGUCAACGAUGGUCUCUUUCAUACCGUUGAACUUGUGAUGCUGAAUCAAAGCCUUAGCUUGGUUGUUGAUAAAGGAGCACCUAAAAGCCUUGGCAAGCUACAAAAGCAGCCGUCAAUGAACCUGAAUACUCCCCUUUAUCUCGGAGGUAUUCCACCAACUUCAGGAGUAUCCUCCAUUCGGCACAGAGCCGACCGCAUUCCCAUUGGCUUUAGUGGAUGCAUACAUGAUCUACGAAUUAACAAUGAAUUACAAGAUUUUAGAGACUUGCCUCCAGUCUCAAUGGGUGUCUUCCCGGGAUGCAAGUCAUGUAAUAUAUGCAGACAUGGCUCCUGCCGCUCCAUGGAAAAAGCGAGUGUUAUAUGUGAAUGCAACCCUGGAUGGACUGGACCUUUGUGUGACCAAGAGGUUGGAGACAUCUGUGUAAACCACAAGUGUGUGCAUGGUUCUUGUGUUCCUGCUGAGAAUGGUUAUACAUGCAAAUGUACAGAAGGCUACACUGGAAUGUACUGUGACAAAAAGAAUGAGACCAGCGCCUGCAGAAACCUAAAGUGCAAUCAUGGACAGUGCCACCUCUCAGAGAGUGGGGAACCAUCCUGUCAGUGUGAUCCCCACUUUACUGGCGAGCACUGUGACAAAGAAAAUCAUUGCCAUGGUGAGAUUAUCCGUGAGAUUGUACGCAAACAUCAAGGAUACAACACAUGCAGUACGACCACCAAGGUCCCGCGCAUGGAAUGUAGCGGAAGCUGCAGCAAUGGCCAAUGCUGUGUCCCGCUUAGGAGCAAACGACGGAAAUAUGUCUUUCAGUGCACAGAUGGCAGUUCUUUUAUGGAGGAACUGGAUAGACAUGUGGAAUGUGGCUGUUCACACUGCUUAUAGAUCCACAGAUACCGAAAGGAAAAAAGGAAAAAACAAGCAACUGUAAUGCUGCAAUUUGUAAAAGAACUGUGUACUUUCAUAGAGAAGCUCAAAAAAGAAGAUAAGAAUAUUAACUAUAUUGUAAAAUAAACAAAAAUAGAACUUAUUUUUAUUAUUGAAAGUGACUAUUUUCAUUCUUUAUUAUAUAAAAUAUCACACCACUUGGAUAUAUGUAUCAUAUAGUGAGUUAUUUCUACUGUUUUUUUUCUGUUUUGUUUUGGGGUUUUUAAUACUACAAGAAAGUAAUUAAUAAUUCAUAGCCUAACACAACAAAUAAUGGGUACGUUUAUAUAAGUUUGAUUUUUUAACAAUGUGCCUCGAUCUGGAAAUGUUUGUUUUACUACAGAAUCUUUUAUUCUUUGCCCCUGAGAAUUUUUCUGAAAGAGUAUUUUCUUAACUGUGAAUGUGUUUGUUAUAAAGACAGAUUUGUACACAAUGACGUGUCAUCUUUUAGAUGUUAGUAACAUAAAGAUGAAGCAUUUAUUUAUACCGAUGUGCUUAGUUUUUACUGUCAUUGUGAGUAUUUUGGUUGAGAAAUAAAACAGAGUUGCUCGGAUAUUAUCAAUAAAAUUGAUUGUGAUUUCAAAAUCUAAGUUUUAAAAUAAAAAAUGCCAUAUUUUCUUUCCAAA